CUUCAGUAAGUCAAGAAUUACAUGAAUUAUUUCAAGAACUAGGGCGAACAUACGUUUGGAUAAGACUAUGUUUACAGCAUUAUUAACUCAUACUUUGAAUUUUGCCUGUGGGAAAGUCGAAUUUUGCAUUUGCUUGCCCUCAAUUUUUGAAUUUGACGCAUUCCCAUGCUCAAAACUCAAAAGUGGAUCAGAGGUUCACAUUCGUGACUAAUAGCAUUAAAGUUUGUUUAAUUACUUUUAACUUUUUAAUGUUCAAGGGUUCAAUUGAUCUUUGAAGCAAAUGCAUUACUUUUUUUUACUUGCAUAUGCAAAAGUGAUCAGAUCAAAGGGAAGCAGAUGCCAGCGCAAGGUGUGGGAAUCCGAUGUUCUACCACCGUGCCACCCAGGUACCCCUCGGGCAGUGGGCACCGGGCCACCGUGCCAAGCAGUCAAUCAGUAAAAGUGCCGCCUGGCUAUAAAACACACCUGUUCAGGUGUUUCUGAAGCUUCAUCUAGCUAAAGCUAAAGUUCUUUCAGAUUUUUGAUUCGUCUCCAGAACCAGAAGCAUGUCUUCUUCACGCUCCAUGUCCUACUCCAGGGUUGGGUCAGUUGGGUCGGGGUCGUUUUGGGGUGGAGGAGACGGUGCGAGGACUGGCUAUGGGUACUCAGUGGGGAUGGGGUUGGGUGGUGGUCUUCAAAGUCAAAGGUUUGGAUUAGGUUCUGGUGUUGGUGGAGGUUUAGGUGUUGGGGGAAGCAGGUUUGGGUUGGGUUUGGCUUCAGGAGGUGGUGGUGGUGGUUUUGGGUUGGCUUCAGGAGGUGGUGGCGCUAGUGGUGCUGGCGCUAGUGGUGGUAGAUUUGCUUCUGGAUGGUCUUCUGGAGGUGGUCUUCAACCGCCCACCACUAACAAAAAACUGGAGCUCCAAUUCCUGAACGAUCGAUUGGCCGCCUACCUGGACAAGGUAAAGAGACUGGAAACCGCCAACCAUGAGCUGGAAGAAAAGCUACGAGGCUUCACCGCCAACAAGGUGCAGGUCAGUUACGACAUGAAGGCCUACCAGAACCAACUACAGCCUCUUCAGGACCAGAUCAGAGAUCUUCUGAAGGACUGUUCACGUCUGACUCUGUCCAUCGAUAACACCAAACUGGCCGCUGAUAAUUUCAGAAUGAAGUAUGAGAAUGAGUUUGCUGUGAGGAAGGUGGUGGAGGAAGACGUUGCCGCUCUGAAGGCUCUGAAGAAAGAAUACGAUCUGACGAAUUCUGCUCUGAAACAGGAUUAUCAGAUUUUACUGAAAGAUCGAGAAACGCUUGAAAAAACCCAUCAGGAGGAGGUGUUGUCUCUUCGUGGGCAGGUAGCAGGAACUCUGACGGUUGACAUUAAGGAACCCGAUGCCGUGGAUCUGUCUCGCCGGCUGGCCGACCUUCGCUCUGAGUACGAAACCAUCGUGGAGAGAAACCACCGGGAAACCGAGCACUGGUACACCAAGAAGAUAUCUCUGAACGUCACCGGCACUGGAAAGGUUACCGAAGUUACCGUAACUGGAAGCGCUGAGAUUUCCACGAGCCAAUCACAGAUCCUGAAUCUGCAGACGGAGCUGGAUGCUCUGCUGCUGAAGAAGAGCUACGAGGAGCAGCGAUUGGUGGACGUUCAGGGGCAGAAGCAGAUGCAGCUGCUGGCUCUGAGUCGAUUGGCUGGGAAUCUGGAGGGUGAGCUUGCCUCAGUUCGGGAAAGUGCUCUGCAGCAAUCCAGAGAUUACCAGCUUCUGCUCAGCACCAAAGUUCAGCUGGAGAGAGAGAUUUCUACCUACAAAUCACUGCUGGAGAGAGCCGGAGAUCUCAGCAAGAUCGCUGGGCUUAAUGUACCGACUCUGCAGACUCGCAGUGCUGAAGUAUCUGUUACUGCUGCAGAGUCUUCUUCUAGUGUUGCCGCUGAAGUGGUUCCUGAAGUUUCUGCAGACCUUCAAGCUUCAUCGGCAGAAGGUGGAGAAGGUGGCGCUGCAGUGGAGGUCGAAGGUUCAGGUGAGCACCAGCCAUCACCAGCAGGUGUCACUGGAGAAGGUGGAGGAGGUGAGGAUGGAGGGGAACAAUCUCUGAGGAACAAACGUUCAAUUUCAUCUCCUUACGAGGCUUUUCUGGACUAGAUCUGUCGAGGGUUCCUCCACUACAGCCAGAGUUGGUGGAGAGUUGGAUAAUUCACGAUGACGUCCACGUGGGAUUCUUCCUGGUCUACUCUAGUGAUCAAACAGUAGAUUAUAAAAGUACACUAAGCAUUAUUAUAGUGCUAUAGUGCACUAAAGUACUAAAAUGUUCUUGUAGCCACAUCAUUAUUAAUCAGUUUAAAGAGUGAUGAAAUGAAACAACUGUUUUUGUACUUAUUAUACUUUAAUUACAGUAUAAAAAUAGUACAAAUGUCUUACAUUUUGCAAUUGAGCUAAGUGUACUUAACUGUAAUAAAAUGCAACUAUUUUAAAUAUACUUAAUUAACAUUUAAACAUACUUAUUUAAACUACUUCAUGUAGGUAACCCUAUAUUUUAAAUAUGUUACAGUAAAUUUAUAAUACAUUUAAUUUACAUGCUUCUUGUUCCUGUCCUUUUUUAAGUAGCACACCUAUAAUAUACUUCGUUGGGUAUAAAAAUAUACAUUUAAUAUACUGCACUACAAUUUUUUUGCGUGUUAUACAUUUUUUUAUUUUAUUUUUUUCAAAUAAUAGUAGUAAUUUAAUUUACUUUCUAAAAAGUUUCAUGUUACAUUGUACUUUGUCAUCUUCUGUAAAAAUAGUUUUUUAACACAUUUUGCUAAAAAUGUACGAAAGUAUAUUUGGAAAUAAGUAUUUUAGAAGUGUAUUGAAUUACAUUAAACUAAAAGUGUAGUUUAAAUACACUAUAUUGUACUUUUUAAAAUGUAUGAUCAAAGUUUACUUUCAAACAUUUGAUGAAAGCAUAAUAUUAAUGUACUUUUUAUAUAUUUUAAGUAAGUACAUAAAUCUGUUAGUAUGUUUAAAGCUUAAUUAGACAUUUCUCAAUAUGUUUUUAGUACAAUGAAGUAUUUUUUUUCUCACCAGGGUAAACAGUGUUACUGAACGUAAAGAAGUCAUGGCUUUAUUGCAGAAUGUAAUGUUUCUGUUAAUCUCUAAUAAAAAUAUCUAUCUAUCUA